AUGGCGCGCAGCAGCCAGUGUGUCCCCUGCACCAAGAACGGCGACGUCACAUGCCACUUGCUCGAGCACCGAGAAGCCAUCAACAAAGUGCUCCUUGGUGCCGGUUUAGAACUCUGCGAGGACACGCGACAGGCCGGUGGCGCCCGCCUCGCACUGGUUCAGGUUUCCGCCUGCAACUACCAACACUGUGCUCAACCAGACGACCCGGUCAAGAGUGCGGCGUUCAAGCUCACCACUGAUCUCCUCACCUGUCAUCAUUGUUUUACUUCUUUGGAAAUAUACUCUGCCGCUUUCUGCACCCGCCACGUGCGAGAGGCACUCAGUAAUUGUCCCGACUUGAAGAGCUUGACUAUCUACUUCCUAAAUCACACCUCUCGCCAAGAUAACAAUCACGCUGACAUCGGCAGACUCAUCAACUCCCUAACAUCUUUAGAAGAGCUCGUCUUCAAAACAGAGAGCGGUCCGCCCUACCCGGCGGUUGAACUUGUCGAUUGUUGGUUUCUAGCGCGAACUCUCAGAAAUCUCACGACGCUUGAUGUGAGAAAUCUGAAACUGAAUCCACAAUAUGUGCAACAGUUUGUCUGGGCGCUCACAGCAAACCGCACCAUAGCCAACCUAGCUGUAGGAGGCUGCGUGUACAGUGCUGAUCUCCACGGCCUACAUGGACAAUUAUUUGCCUAUUACCUGAUGAAGCGUGCCGCCACCCUGAAGAAGCUAACGCUGAGCGACCACUACGUUUGCCAUAACCAAGUUCUCUGGAAGAGGCUGAUCUCAGCGUUCUGUCAAAUGACGGCAUUGGAAGAACUGACUUUGGAUGUGUGCAUCGGAUUCAACAUCUUCACUGAAGUGACCGCUCUCUUCGCCGAAGUCGUUCUUCGCUGCCCUACCCUACGACAGCUCCUGCUACCUUGGCCAGCACAACCUUACCGCUCCCAGUUCCUGAAUGGCUUCCAAGUGCCAGGAUAUAACGUGGCGCAGUGGCUGGAGCCCUGGAUCACGGUACUGCGGACGACCUCCACAUUGCACGGGCUGGGCAUCUAUUUGCCGGGCAUGGAAGAACCGCAGUGUCGCACUCUAUUACAAGCUGUCGCUAAAAACGAGACACUGAAGCAGUUGGCACUCCAGGAAGUGCCGCUGAUAGUGAACAGCAGAGGCAGCACCGAUCUGAUGGCCCUCUCCCAAAUUAUCCAGGAGUUAAAGCUCGGCGACCGCGUUUGCUUCGCUAACCUUUUCGUGACAUUUGAGAACGCGCCCAAGAUACUGGCAUCCGCGGGGCUUUCCACCUUGAACUUCAAGAACCUCCGCUUCGAGUUGAGCGCCCAACGCGACCCGGAUCUUUUAAACGCAUGCUGCGCGGCACUCUCUCGCCGCGGCACCUUUACGUCAAUCGAGGUCUCUUGCAAGUUGAUUUAUCAGCCCGCGUUCGACAUCUUGUUGAAUUGGAUAGCCAAGGAGUCCACACUGACGCACGUGGAAGUUGUCGCCUGUGAUGACGCAGGGACAGCGAGUUAUUGUGGUGAGUGCGUCCGCAUGUACGACUGGGUGGUCUGGGCGCUGUCGUGUAACGCCAACAUUGCUAGAGUAAGCUUGGCUGGUAUCAAGGUAAACUCGAAGCACCUCUACAUGCUCGUUGACUGCGCCUGCACUCAUCGGAACCUCGUCGGAAUCAGCCUGGCUCCAACUUGCAGGGGCAUCGACCCGGGCAGCAGUACGAGCGACGUGGAGUCCUACGUGGUCGCCAUGAGGGAGCUGCAGGAGAUCAUGCGCAAGAACGCCGCUCGGAUAAGUGUGGCGGCCAGGUUCGUCUUGGGCGACGACAUCCGCAAGGGUGCCAGACUCAUCGAACGCCUGCACGAGCAUCCACGGUUGCUGGAACUGGUGCGGCAAGGAGCAUCGGUCACCGACGCCCAGGCCAAGGCGAUGGCCCACGAAGCCAUGGAGCGGGUGCGGUACUGCAGCUUUCGCGACUACUUGAGGCUGACCGGCGUGGUCAAGCAGAAAGUGCAGAGGCUCGACCCCGACUCCAACAGAGUCCACCUCUCGGACUUGCCGGCAGAGUGCUGGCUCCACGUACGUCAAUACCUGAAGAUAACGCACGUUGUUAUCCCAUGCGGAGUCGAAGACUGGGAGUGGCCUACCGGGCCCGUCCCCCCGUGAAAUCUGUUUUGGUAUAGAGCCUCCACCAAGCUCCCAAUCCUCCAAGAAAAUUUUGAC